AUGAAGAUUAAUGGGCUGGCACACAGCAAAGAAAAGGCCCAGCUGGCUGCUGACAUUUCAUCCGCGGUGGCGCGGCCCGGCGAUCGAUCAAGGAGGCGACAGCCGGUGCUAGAAGCGGAGACCGCCCUCUCGAGGACGGUGGCUACACAAUCAACUCCUGACGUCGACUCUGGAACGCAGGCUCUGAAAAUUCCUGCCGACGCAGGGGCACGUGGGGGAGGAGAGGAUGAUGGCCGGUGUCGCGACCAGAGAGGACAGGAGAGGGGAGGGGAGGGGAGGAGGCGAGGCGAGACCCAGGCCGCCGGCGCGCCGCUGCCCGGCGCCCGCCAUCUGUUUGCCGCGGCUCGCGCCGUCCGCGGACGAAACAAGGCAAUGAAUCAGCGCGGGGGCGGCGGAGGCGGAGCACUCUCCACGGCUGACAGCGAGCUACGCCACUCAGCACACAGGCAAUCGAGCCAGGGCGACCUCGCGGACAGGCCCGGCUCGGUCUCAAGUGGAAAAUGCGAUGCGGCGCUCAUUUCAGUUUGCGAGGCGGCCACGCAGAUUUAUGGCGGCGCCGGCGCCGUGACGGCCGCGUUAAUUAUUCCGAGCGAAUCCGAGCCCUGGCAGCCCGGCCGGCAUUUAUCAGGAACGCCCCCAUACCCACCCCCACAGCCGUCCCCGUCCCCGCCUCUUCCCCCGCAUCCCGUCACGCCGCCGCCAUUGUUUCCUGUGACGGUAACUAGCGUGCGCGAGACAGCUCAGCUCGUCGUCUCCAGAGUGAGGACACCUAGUACAACUUGCGGCAGUAAGAACAACGCGUCGCUACGUGCGGGGGGAGUGGCGCACUAUCGCAGCGAGACGGCGGGCCUGAGGCGCACAUCAAUCACGCCGCCGUCACCGUGCUCUCGUCGCACGAGAUAG